GGUUAGCAACCCAGUGCUUAACCACUGCGCCACCAGGGCUCCUUUUAAACAUUAGAAGUAUUAUUUUGUAAAGGAAUCUUUCCAUUUAAUAGAUGCAAAUAUUUUCCAGAUUAAAAUCUGAGAAUUGAUUUUCAUAAUUGCCCAGUGAUGUAAACUAUCUACCUGAGUCUAUUGCGAAUACAUCAGAAUAUAUUUGAAAUAGAUCAUAUAGCCCUGUGUUACAGCCUCAGAAAUAGUCUUCUAAUAUAUUUUGGUUCUCCAUCAUUUUACUCGACCAGAAUUUUUUACAGUGCUCCUACCCACAAUUAACAAAGAAGUGUAUUUCACUUUGUGCAGCUGUGUUCCUGAAAAAUAAUAGAUAAAUCAAAAUCUUGUGAAUCAAAUUACUGUAAUGUAGUAUAAAAUGAUUUUUGACUUGUUGCAAGUUUCCUUUAAAUAAUCACUCCUUGCUUUCUAUGUUUGAAUUUUCAUUUAACAGACUUUCUUAAAGCUUGGGCCAAUUGCAUCAGCUUCUUAUGUCUGUUCCACCUACCCCCAUUUACUGUUCUCCAUAUCCCUAGAAUAAGAGGAAAUUCUACCACGCAUGUAUGUUGUCACUAGGCAUAGCCCCAUUUUUGUACUUCCUGGUCAAUUUAUAUUUCUGCAUGAUUGUUUUCCUUGUGGUAUUGUCAAGAUGUUUUUUGAAAUAUACCACGUGAGACCUGCCUCUAUAUUCCAUGCAAGUUAAAGAAAAGGGAUCAGAAUCAAGGAAAAAGAUGCUUUUAAAGUUUGUUUGGUUCUUUUGAUCCAGAGGAAAAGUGUGUGCCGAUUUUCAUGGUUGUUCAAUUACUAUAUUCUUACUUAAAAUUGUGAAGCCAAGAGCUUUGCUAUGCUUUACUACAAAUCCACAUUUGGAUUAGUUCUCCCAGCAGCUUGAAUGUGUGCCAACAUAAGCUUGCCUUUGUUCAUUUUGUUUGCUAAAAUCCAAUAUUUUGUGCUUUCCCUUUAGAAGAUUAGCUUAUACAUUUUUUGUAAUGAAGAAAAGAUAAUGACCAUCUAGAAAUGUUAAUAACUGUACUUUCUUUAAGAUUUCAUUUCUUUGCCCUGUGAUAAUUGGCAAUAACUACCAGCAAUGUAAUGAGUUUACGUGUGCACUUGGUGAAGUUAGUUGGCUACAAUUUUUUUUCUUAUAAUGGAAUUAAUACAACAUAGAAGUCUAGGAUGGUUAAAGCAGUAGACUGGUUUGGAAGUUACAAUUAUGAUGCUCUUUUCUAAAUUUUUGAAAUAUUUCUGCUGGCUACCUGGUAGAUUACUUAACCAUUUGCCUAAUUUUAUCUUACUUAAUUAUUCUGGCUCACAGCAAAGUGGACUGUUUUGUGGGCAUUUUUGUUAUACACAAGGUUAUUUUACAGAAAAAGUGAUUUUCCUUCAUUUAGAUAAGUAAUUCACCCUUCUACAUUCUUGCAAUUAUACUUACAUUAUCCCUUGUUCCUCCUGGCUGAUAAGGAUAAUGACUUUUCUGUGGCACCUAAAUUUAGCACUUGGUUUUAUAUAAUUAAAAAUAAUUUAUGCAUAUUUGGCUUAGUAUGCAAAAAUCAACAAUUUGUUCUGCUUGGCAGAUGGGAUCUACUACAUCGAUGGAAUUAUGGAGCUGCAUUGUAUUAAGUAUUCUAGUGUAUGGGAUUUAGGAAGAUCUGCCAAUCAGAGAGCCUUAAUUUAAGUAGUUUGUUGACAAUAUUUUACUCUUGAAUUUUCCGUAUCUGAAUAGUGUAAGCAGUUUCUUGGGCAUUGGAUUGAUACUCUACUUCAGGGGAUCUUAUUUAGGUGGUAUAAAACAAAACUAAGGAAUAAAAUUUAUUAAAAUGGAGGAUUUUUAGACAUUCUCUUUCCUCCUUUCAUCUUGACAUCACUUUGAAAUUAAAUCAUCUGUAAAAACUAGAACACGAUGUUUGAAAUAAGUUUUUCAUUUCAUAAUGUUUUAUGAUAUUUAUAUAAGCUUAACAAAUCACUGUAUAAAUGAUGUCAUAAUUAAACAUACAUAUUAAGCAGUAAAGUAGCCUUUUAAAAAACUUCUUAAUGACAUCCCCUUGAAAAUAUAAAGCUUUUCUCCCCUUUACCCCUCCUCCUACCCAAGGAGACGAACUCUAAAAAUGUUCACAUUAUUUCUUAGCAAAACAUCCCUGCAUUCCAUGCUCAUGAAGGAACCAUCUGAUAAAAGUUUUGACCUCUCAGGUACCUCAUUACUGGGAAAACCCAAACCAAACCCACUGCCGAAGAGUCGAUUCCAAGUUACAGCGACCCUACAGGACAGAGUGCAACUGCCCCAUAGAGUUUCCAAGGAGUGGCUGGUGGAUUCGAACUGCUGAUCUUUUGGUUAGCAGCUGUAGCUCUUAACCACUGCGCCAGCAGUGCCUAAAUGGUGGCCAUGAUUUAUUUUAGGUAAGGAAAGGUAUACUCUCCAAUGAAUUAAUAAAUUAUUAUUUGGGCUUAUUAAAAAGAAAAUCUCCUAGGGCAACCCCUAGGGGAGGCAUAUCACACUAUGUGCCCCCAACCCCCGGAAUAUUUUGAUUCCCAUAAAAUCAAGUAAAAAAAACACCUUUGAAGAUCUCCCUGAAUGAGCAAAUUACAGUCUUGAAGGAGUCUGGGCAGUCCAAGUGGUUAAGCUCUCAACUACUAACCAUAAAGUUAGCAGUUCUAACCCACUCAGAGGUGCCUCAGAAGAUAGGCCUGGCGAUCUGAUUCCGAAAGGUCACAGCCUUGAAAAUCCUAUGGAGCAGUUCUACUCUGCGUACAUGGGGUUGCCAUGAGUCGGAUUAUACUCCACAGCAACUAAAAACAACAGAAGGUUUUGUGAAAUAAAGCAUGGGGAGUGUCACUACUUUUUCUUGGUAGUAGUGGAAAGGAUUACUGACUGUAUAUCUAUGAGCCUUGAGACUUUUUUAAGAGAACUGUUGUUACGCUGUUCUCUUUCCUUUCCCAUCCCCUGCUUGCUUCUGAGGCCUUUCCUUUCUUAAGCGUAGGCUGGAACCAUUACCAUACUCCAAUUCAAUUUAGGGCCAUGAAUCCUCGAUCCCCAAGAGUUAAAGUCAUAAUGAUGUGGAUUAUGUGGAAAGGGCUUUUUUUGUUAAGAUAUUGGACAAUUAUAAUGUAAGUAGAAAAUUAAAAAUUGCUAUCAAGUAGAUUUCAAUCUAAUGGGGGAAAAAAAAAAACAAGAUUAACACACAUACAAAUAUGUGGAUACACUGCCGAAUCUAGUGAUCCCACUUACUCCGUUAACACUGCUUCCUUUCUCUUCCUUGAUUCUUUAAUUUUUUUAUGUCUCUAUUCAGUUGUAAUUAUUUUAUAAAGUCUUAGUUUCCUCAUUCACACAAUGGGGAUAAAACUUGUCUUUCCCACCUCACAUAAUUAUUACAUGGAUCAAAUGAGUUUUGAAACCCAUGAGCGACUAUACAAACAUUUGACGUUCAUUUAUCUAUUGAUGGAGGAUUAAGAUGUUAAAUGAAUUUUGUGUGACUGAAGACCAAAGACGGCUAUGCACUUACAUGAUUUUUCCAUAGUAAUUACUUUUCCCAUGUUGUAUCUAAAAAUUUAUUUGGAGUAGUAACAUUGAGUAUGUCCAAUCUACAAUGAUUUCAUUGCAAAAGGAAAACACUGAUAAUUAAUUAUUCAAGAAUUUUAGUAUGAUAGUGAUUAUUCAUUUAUGAUUCAUAAUCAGAAUAAUGUACAAGAAUUAGAAUAAUUUAUGAUGAUGGCAUUUCUUUUUGAUCUACAGUUGCCCAAAACCUAGAAGUUCUUAAACAGUUCCUCUACAGAUAUAAGCAUCACUUGUCUUGCUGGGUGGUAUUGAAAAGCACAUAUAACUUUCAUUGCCUUAGUAGUUUUUCUCAAAACAUAAUACUUGAAGAAGAAGUAACUCUGCAGGUGGUGAAAGCCCAUACUGCUUGUGGAGAAUUGUGGAAGGACCAUGGAUGUAAGGGCUUCUGGUUGGGACUCUUGAUUCAGUCUUAGACUCUACUGCUAAAGUAGCUCCAUUUCGCAUCCUACACCAGACACCAGAUUCUCAAGUUUACUGGUCAAUUGCAUGUGGAGCCAACAGAGAAGAAAUAACCAAGCACUGGGAUUGGUUGGAACAAAAUGUCAUGAAGACCUUAUCUGUGUUUGAUUCAAAUGAAGAUAUUACUAAUUUUGUACAAGGAAAGAUCAGAGGAUUAAUUGCUGAAGAGGGAAAGCAUUCUUUUGCAAAAGAAGAUGACCCUGAGAAAUUUCGAGAAGCCCUUUUGAAAUUUGAAAAAUGUUUUGGUUUACCAGAGCAGGAGAAGUUAGUGACCUAUUACUCAUGCAGUUAUUGGAAAGGACGGGUUCCUUGUCAGGGUUGGCUCUAUCUUAGCACCAACUUUCUGAGCUUCUAUUCUUUUUUGUUGGGAUCAGAAAUAAAACUUGUUAUAUCGUGGGAUGCAGUCUCAAAACUUGAAAAGACUUCCAAUGUCAUACUGACAGAGAGUAUUCAUGUGUGUUCCCAAGGGGAGAAUCACUACUUUUCAAUGUUUUUGCAUAUUAACCAAACAUACCUUCUUAUGGAACAGCUGGCAAACUAUGCUAUAAAGAGACUUUUUGAUAAAGAAACAUUUGAUAAUGACCCAAUACUUGAUGAUCCUCUGCAAAUCACCAAAAGAGGUCUGGAAAAUCGAGCACACAGUGAGCAAUUUAAUGCUUUUUUUAGGCUGCCCAAAGAAGAGACUUUGAAAGAAGUACAUGAAUGUUUCUUAUGGGUACCAUUUAGCCACUUUAAUACUCAUGGAAAAAUGUGUAUUUCAGAAAACUAUAUCUGCUUUGCUAGCCAGGAUGGCAAUCUAUGUAUUGUAAUCAUUCCAUUACGAGAGGUCUUAGCUAUAGAUAAGACAAAUGAUUCCAGCAAAUCUGUCAUCAUUAGCAUCAAAGGAAAAACAGCUUUUCGCUUCACUGAAGUUAACGACUUUGAGCAACUGGUAACAAAACUCAGACUCAAGUGUGGGGCAGCUUCAACUCAAUAUCAUGAUACUAGCACAGAGGUCACUGUUAGUUCUGACUCUACAGGCCCGUCAGAUAAUCUUGAGGAGAAAUCUAUGACAUGUCAGAAAGAAUGCAGUAAAACUGUGAACACUGAAGCCUUAAUGAGAGUAUUUCACCCUCAGAAUUUGGAUACUCUUAAUUCUAAAAUGUUGAAAGAAAAGAUGAAGGAACAGUCGUGGAACAUCCUAUUUGCAGAAUGUGGGCGUGGCGUUAGCAUGUUCCGGACCAAAAAGACUCGAGAUCUGGUUGUAAGAGGGAUUCCAGAGACUUUAAGAGGAGAGCUCUGGAUGCUUUUCUCAGGUGCUGUUAAUGAUAUGGCUACUAACCCUGGUUAUUAUGCUGAAGUGGUUGAGCAAUCCUUAGGGACCUGCAACUUGGCUACCGAAGAAAUUGAACGUGAUUUGCGUCGCUCCCUGCCUGAGCACCCAGCCUUUCAGAGUGAUACUGGCAUAUCUGCUCUCAGACGGGUACUCACUGCAUACGCGUACAGGAAUCCCAAAAUUGGAUACUGCCAGGCAAUGAACAUUUUGACUUCAGUGUUGCUUCUGUAUGCAAAAGAGGAAGAGGCUUUUUGGCUUCUGGUUGCUGUAUGUGAACGAAUGUUACCUGAUUAUUUUAAUCGUCGAAUCAUUGGUGCCUUGGUGGAUCAGGCAGUCUUUGAAGAACUUAUCAGGGAUCACCUUCCUCAGCUAACAGAACACAUGACUGAUAUGACAUUCUUUUCCUCAGUUUCUCUCUCAUGGUUUCUCACACUUUUUAUUAGUGUGCUACCUAUUGAGAGUGCAGUGAAUGUGGUGGACUGCUUCUUCUAUGAUGGAAUAAAGGCCAUUUUACAACUGGGAUUGGCAAUACUUGACUAUAACUUAGACAAAUUGCUGACAUGUAAAGAUGAUGCUGAAGCUGUGACAGCUUUAAACAGGUUCUUUGACAAUGUCACUAAUAAGGAUAGCCCAUUGCCUUCAAGUGUUCAGCAAGGUUCAAAUAUGAGUGAUGAAAAAAGCAGUCAUAUUAGAGUGGACAUUACAGAUUUGAUUAGAGAGUCAAAUGAGAAAUAUGGUAAUAUUCGCUAUGAAGAUAUAUACAGCAUGCGCUGUCGAAAUAGGUUGUACGUGAUACAGACCCUAGAGGAAACAACAAAGCAGAAUGUGUUGCGUGUCGUAUCACAAGAUGUGAAAUUGAGCCUUCAUGAAUUGGAUGAACUUUAUGUCAUCUUUAAGAAAGAGCUGUUUCUUUCAUGUUAUUGGUGUUUGAGUUGUCCAGUAUUGAAACACCAUGACCCCAGUCUGCCAUAUUUGGAACAGUAUCAGAUUGACUGCCAGCAGUUCAGAAUAUUGUAUCACUUCUUGAGUCCCUGGGCUCAUUCUGCAAACAGAGACUCACUAGCUUUGUGGACAUUCAGAUUGUUGGAUGAAAACUCUGACUGCCUUAUAAACUUCAAAGAAUUCUCCUCUGUAAUAGACGUAAUGUACAACGGAAGUUUUACUGAGAAGCUUAAACUGCUUUUUAAGCUGCAUAUCCCUCCAGCUUAUACUGACGUGAAAUCUCAGGACCUUUCAAAAGGAGAUGAACUUUCCAAGGAAGAAUUACUUUAUUUCAGUCAGCUACAUGUUUCCAGGCCUGCAAAUGAGAAUGAGGCAGAAUCAGUAAAAAACAGCCCUGAAAAAGGCAAAGGCAAAGUUGAUAUUCAAACAUAUCUAAAUCAAUGGCAAGAGGAGAUUUUCAAAAAAGAAGAAAACAUUAAGAAUUUACCAAGAAUGAAUCAGUCACAAUUUAUUCAGUUUUCAAAGACCCUAUAUAACUUGUUCCAUGGGGACCCUGAAGAAGAGUCAUUAUAUCAAGCCAUUGCUGUUGUAACCAGCCUUUUACUCAAGAUGGAAGAAGUUGGAAGGAAACUGCAUAGCCCUACAUCAUCAGCCAAAGGAUUCUCUGGGACUGUCUGUGCUUCUCAAGGACCUAGUGAGGGGACAACAGAGAGCCACUUGCAGGAUAAAGAUCCCUCCUUUCUCAAGGAGGAGCCUCAGUGGUCAUUUGCAUUUGAACAAAUUCUUGCAUCUUUGUUGAAUGAACCUGCAUUGGUUAAGUUUUUUGAGAAACCUGUAGAUGUAAAAGCCAAGCUAGAAAAUGCAAAAACCUCUCAGUUAAGGUCUAGAACCAAGAUAUAAAUCUCUUAACAGGAAUUGCCUACCAUAGACAAGUUUAAUCAAGAUUCCUGAAGCUAUCAGCUUGAUUCUUGGGAGUAUGACUCAGGAAUUUAGCUUUAUCUUGUUACCAGUAUGUUUGAAGAAUAUAUAUAUUCUGAAGCACAAUGAUUCUUUCCUUUGUGGUGAUCUCAAAUUUUGAUAUUCUCAAAUACAAAAGUUCUUUUUAUAUUUCACAAGAUACACAGUGUCAGGGGAAUAUGCUAAAUGUUACCUACCAUCAGAGGGCACUACCUUAUCACUUUUAGUAAGGAAAUUACUAGAUUGUGCUGCUGUUUACAUAUAUAUUAGUGACGAUUUUGAAAAGAUGGUGUUGUGUUUGAGUAUUAGUGAUGGUGAUAUGUCAUAUAAACCCUACUUUCGAAGUUGUCUCAGAUCUAUGCAAAUGCUUUAGAAAACUGGGCUCUGGGAUCUAUAGCCUUAUUUACCUGGAAGAUUACCAUUUGGAGGUCCCAUUUUCAAGUCAUCUAACUGAAAUAUUGUGAAUGUUUUCGUAUCAUUCUGUCUUCUAAUAAUAGUUUUUUUUUGUUAGUAGCUUCUGCCUUCUCCCUACCCGAGGGGUUCAGAAGCUGCUGACUUAUACUUCUAUCUCUGUUACUGAUUUUAAAAAAAUCAAGAACUCUAAACUCUGGGCUGAUACAAGGAAAAAUAAUAUUGAACUUGGAUUUAAGCCUUUUCAGGAAAUUUAAGAAACAGUUUCAUUAACUCUGUAUAUCUCUCAUUAGACUUAGAAAUUACUUGAAAUUCUUCUGAGCAUUCCAUUCUGUGGCAUUUGUCUCAGAGUAGCUUGGGACUGCUUUGGUUCUAGCUUUAGAUAUUGGAUUUUCAACACUCGUGUUUUAAGUAACAUAAGGAAUAGUUACACUAAGACUGAAUUAUUGUAUUAGUCUGGCAAGUUCAUAAAGUAUGCUUGUGUAAAGUGAUUGUCCAGGUAAUACGUAGAAUUGCCAGAAUCUAUCUAAAAAGUUUUGACUAUCUGAUUUAGAUAUGUAAUCUCUGUAUACUUUAUGCUGCUUGUAGCUUGUAUUCAGUCAUUACAAUGAAAGUCCACUUAGAGAUAAUGGGCUUUGUUAGCACUUAAAAAAAAAAAAAAAAAA